UGCGGGUGGGAAAAAAACAACGCGACGCAGCGGCACGAGCGUCAGCCAUCUUUGCAGCUCUUUGUGUGCAGCCGUUCGUCGCAAGUUUCUCCGUUUUUAACGAGCGAUUCGUCGACUCGGUUUGUGAAUCCUGUCGCCAAGAUGCAAGGAAACAGAGGAACUCACCAGAACCACGGCCCUCCUCGACAGUCCGGCCCGGCGGAGCAGAAGAAACCCGGGGGAGCCAACAGCAACGGGCAGCAUCCAGAGCACAAUGAGCAGUCCAACCCCAACGAGGCCUUAACCUUAGAUCUGCAGAACUUCAGGAAGCCCGGGGAGAAAACAUACACUCAGCGCAGCAGACUCUUUGUAGGAAACCUGCCAGCCGGGGUCACCGAGGAGGAUGUGGAGAAGCUCUUCUCCAAGUACGGCAAGCCCUCCGAGAUCUUCAUCAACAAGGAUAGAGGCUUCGGGUUCAUCCGGCUGGAGACGAGGAUCAUUGCAGAGAUCGCCAGAGCUGAGCUUGAUGAUACCCAGUUUCGGGGCAGACAAAUACGUGUGAGGUUUGCAACACACGGGGCCGCUUUAGCUGUGAAGAAUUUGCCAGAGUUUGUUUCCAAUGAGCUGCUAGAGGAGGCUUUCUCUGUCUUCGGCCAGAUAGAAAGAGCCAUAGUCAUAGUGGAUGACCGGGGGCGGCCCACAGGGAAGGGAAUAGUGGAGUACACAUCCAAGCCAGCUGCAAGAAAGGCUCUGGAUAAGUGUGCUGAUGGAGCCUUUCUUCUCACGGCUUUCCCCAGACCGGUGACAGUGGAACCUAUGGAGCAGUUCGAUGAGGAUGAGGGCCUGCCAGAGAAGAUAAUAAACAAAAACCAGCAGUACCACAAGGAGCGAGAGCAGCCGCCCCGAUUUGCUCAGCCGGGUUCAUUCGAGUAUGAGUAUGCCAUGCGCUGGAAGGCCCUGAUGGAGAUGGAGAAGCAGCAGUACGAAAUGGUGGACAGGAACAUGAAGGAGGCACAGGAGAAGCUGGAGGCCGAGAUGGAGGCGGCCAGACAUGAACACCAGGUGAUGCUGAUGAGGCAGGACCUGCUGAGGCGUCAGGAGGAGCUGAGGAGGAUGGAGGAGCUCCACAGUCAGGAGGUGCAGAAGAGAAAGCAGGCAGAGCUUCGCCAGGAGGAGGAGCGGCGGCGGAGGGAGGAGGAGAUGAGGAUGCGCAACGAGGAGAUGAUGAAGAGGCAACAGGAGGGCUUCAGAGGGAACUUCUCUGAAAACAGGGAGCCAGACAUGAGGAUGCAUAUGGCGGGACAUGGGAUGCCAAUGAACAGAAACUCCAUGGGGGGGAACUCGGGCCCUGCAGGGGCACCCAACCUCUCCGCUGAGAAUGCUCCCUUGAUGCAGGGGCCAGGGGGCAGCAACAUGCCCGGAGGAGGCCAGGGCGGCUUCCCCAGAGGCCUGCCAGGCCCCGGCGACUAUGGACCCAAUAAGCAACGCAGAUUUUGAGGCCUGAUGUCUGUUUGAUGUCUGUUUUUGCUUUCAUACUCACUGUACUUUAAAGUUCGGGUAGUGACCGUUACAUAUGAACUUUGAAAAUUGAUGCAUGGAUGUUUUUUCUUUUGUACCUUUCAUUUUGUACUUUUGAACAAGGCUUUACUAGUAUAACUUCAGAAUUAUGAAAAUAGCCAUGUGAUUUUACUCCAUUCCCCCAAAGUUGAUGUAUUUUCCAUAGGGAUAGCAAAUGUUUUUUGUCAUGCCAUAUGUCAGCUUUUCUGGAAUAAAUUCUUUUUCUCCCCAAAAA